AUGGCUGAUAGAGGUAGAGGAACUAGAGGCACCAAUGAUCCCAUGGAGCGCAUAGCUCAAAUUCUGGAGGCCUUGGUGCACAAUCAAGGCAGAGAGCCGGCUGAGUAUCAAGGGUUGUCUGCCUUUACUAGGCACGAUCCCCAAAGUUUGAAGGAGUGUUUAACCCUGAGGGAGCCCAGAGUCAAGGGGAAGUUCAACUCAAGAGAAGAGCAGUGGGAGUGGCUCAGGAUUGGGUUAUUUCAGAGGACCGAUCAAAUGUUUCAGGUGUGGCGGCCACACAUGGUGAAUGAUUGCCCACAGCCGCGAAUUACGUGCAGUAACUGUGGGAAGUCAAGGCACACUGCUAAUGUGUGCUGGACUGCCAAGAGGGGUGGCAGUACUAGCACUGCACAGAGGCCUAAAUCAAGGGGGAACACGGAGCCGAGAAAAUUGCUUGAUGUGAUGUUCAACUCGGGUGCUACGCAUUGUUUUGUGUCUGUGGACUGUGUGAAGAGUUUGAAUUUGUAUAUAACUAAACUACCGUGUAAUGUUGUGGUGACUACCCCUAUGGGUAAGCCAGUUGUGACGUCAUGGGUAUGUCUGGGGUGUUCAAUAAUGGUACAUGGUAGGGAGUUUGAGGUAGACUUGAUUUGUUUAUCUCUUUCUCAAUUGGAUAUAAUUCUGGGGAUAGAUUGGCUUACUGCCAACCAUAUGCUACUGGAUUAUAGGGAGAAAACUUUGAUCUUCGAUACGGCAUUAACAGAGGUUCCGCGGCUUAUGAGCCAAGGUGCGUGGGAGAACACGGUAAACGCCAAGGCCUUUAUGGUUAUGUUCUCAAUGAAGGCCAAAAGCAUGGUGGAGCCGGAGUAUAUUCCGGUGGUGAGGGAUUUCUUGAAAGUUUCCCCCGAAGAUGUUUCUGAGUUACCACCUGAGAAAGAAAUAAAGUUUACUAUUGACCUCAUUCCGAGGGCAAACCCGAUUUUUGUGGCACCAUAUAGGAUGUCACUGGUGGAGUUGGUAGAGGUCAAGAAGUAA